CCGAGCAAGGUGUAUGAUUUGCUUAGGGUGAAGGCCAACCCCAAGCCUUGGAUGGCUUUUAUUUGGCACUCGACUAUUCCUCCUAAAUGCUCCUUUACGAUGUGGCUAGUAUUUAGGAGGAGGCUGCCCACUAAAUCAAAUUUGGAAUUUCUGGGCCUGCCUAUGGAGUGUACCCUCUGUGGGGAUACCCUUGAGGACAUUGAUCAUUUGUUUUUUGGGUGUGUAAUCUCAAAGCAGGUUUGGGAGGCCAUUAAGCAGUGGUUACGGAUUGAUGGGCACCUAAGCACUCUUGAUAGAGCUGUUCGUUGGAUGAAGACCUUUCGAAGAGGUGAUGCUGUUCUUAAGAAGGCUAGGAGUAUUGGCCUGGCAUGUACUGUUUUCCAGAUUUGGAAACAACGUAAUGCUACCCUUUUCGAUCAAGAACCUAUUCAUGUUGAGGGUAUGAUUUUUAAAAUCAAAGUGAUGGUCUAUUCCAUUUUGGGGAGACUCUGGCAUACGUAUUCCCUCCCCUUUUGAUGAACAAACUGUUACUGUUAAG